AUGUGCUUGGCUCUGAGAAAAUCAGAGCUCUUCAGAUUAGCCAUAGGAAUCGUUACCAUGUUUAUUGUAUGUUUACCUGAAUUUUUCAAAGUCCAGGAAGAUAACACUGUAAUGAUAUCGUGCAGGGAUAGCUGCUCAUUAAACAAUAUCACUUUUCCACUAUGCACUUUUAACAAGUCUUGCAAAAGCUCCCUGCAACAAAGAAGAAAGAACCAGACUAUUUUACUGAAGGCCAUUGUAAAUCACCCCAAUUUCCAAAAUAUUUCCUGUAUGUGUCAAUCCUCCAGCAGAGAACAACAGCCACCUAUUAUGUACUCCGAGUGUGAAUCCAAUAGACAGAGGAACGUUGUUCCCCAAGAAGCAAGAGCAGUUAAAAAAAUUGCACGAGCAAAAGGUUCUCUUGAAAUGGAAACAGAAGAUCUUGUAUAUUUUUAUAAAUAUUUCAAUUUCACCGUGCUUCCUGAGAAUGAGGAUGAGCAUCACACAUACUACAUGCUGGAAGUCCACAUCAACAACUCAAUAAUCAGAGAAAGAAAUGCAGCUGCAGGACACCUGAAUCACUCCUGUCUGGUGGCAAUGGCGGAAGACCAAAAUGACUGUAUAAAUGUUUCACCGCAGCUGAAGUCCUAUGUGGAAUAUCCCAUGUGUAUGACGAAGAUCGUAUGGCUCGGUAUGAUUCCAAUAGUGUUUGUGGUCACUGUUUCCGUUGUUGUCUACAAAAUUGUCCAAGAAAAUAAACAAAACUACUAUAAACAGAGAGCAGCAGCAGUAUCAACCACUCUAAGCAGCAGCAUUUCGAGACGUGCAGGAAGAACUAUAUCUGCUACUAAAACUCGCCUUUUUCCUGUAGCAGAGAACAACAAGCAAAGGACUCGACUUACAGCAGAGACUGUGGAGAUACUGUCUGUAAUUCCUGAGCACGAGCAUUGCCAUGUGGGGGCAUCAUGUGCAGAAGUUUCAGAUGUUGCUGUAUGAAAUAUGAUCAAUAUUGCAUGAAAGAAGAAACUAAUACAUGGCAGAAGAAGGCAACUUCAUUUCCAGUACAGCCAGGGAGCCAUG